AUGCAACUUUCAUCAAGGCGAGAUACUAUGUUGUUUAACAUACUUUGCGUUAUUGUCGUUUCUCAGAGCCUCACCCACGUGUAUGCUCAACUAGGAAUUGAAACAUGUAAGCCUGGAAGUUUUCGGAAGGGUCUUGACUGCAUCAAGUGCCCCGCCGGUACCUUCAGCACGGGCUUCAAUCUCCUCAGCUGCAGAGAGUGUCCUGCCGGGCGCUUUCGAGAUAUGGAAGGCGCAAGCUCCGAAGAUCAAUGUCUUUUCUGUCCCGCCGGCACUGCAAACGAGAAACAGGGUUCCACCAGGUGCAAAAAGUGUACAGCAGGCACAUAUUCACUUCCUGGUUCGCUGCUCUGCGGCGCAUGUCCACCAGGCACUUCUUUAUCGAGGUUUAUUCCAGCAUGUCAACCCUGCCCUCCUGGAUUCUUCAGCAACGAGACUACCAACAGGUUUUGCCAGCGUUGUCCAGACGGGACCUUCACGAGCGAAGGUAACAAUGCAGAUCGAAAUUCAGAUAUUGGAGCGACUUCCUGUGAAAAGUGCCCUCCUGGUACGUUCAGAAGGAACUCAGCAUUUGGAUUUAAGGAAGGGGGAGAAACCUCGAGUAACAAAUGCUUCAGAUGUCAACAGGCUACCUUCAGUGAUGUUGCGGGAGCCAAGUCAUGCAAGUUAUGUCCCACAGGCACGUUCUCACAAGCGGGUGCAACGAGCUGUACACCUUGUCCGAAAGGUACUGCUAACAAUCGAAUUUUCGCGAAAAGGUGUUCGUCAUGUCCAAGUGGGUUCAUUACUAUGGGUACGGGAGCUGCGCGAUGCAAACAUCCCACUCGUGGAUGUCCAUUCAACACGUUUGAGGACGCAAGUGCGGAGUGUAAGUCUUGCAUGCCGGGACAAAGGCUUGUUCUUGCAAAGAAGAGGUGUGUCCCGUGCCGAGAGAAUGAAAUUAGUCGCGGUGGCGUAAGCACGAGGUGCAGCCCGUGCCCUCCGAAUAAAAUUCCAUUUGGAGACCUUACACGUGAAGAGAAGGCUGUCUGCUUCUGCAAGCCUGGAUUCGUCGAUGAUGGGGAAGGUGGAUGUGCACAAUGUCCCGCCGGUACUUUCUGGCAAAACGAUUUCGACUUUUUCCUCUCGGGUCAAAAUUUCAGGAGACAAGCAGUUGCAGGUAGAACAAUACGAGGGAUAUGCACAAAUUGCCCCGAAGGAAGCUUUUCUAAUCUGCGGGGACAAACUUCGUGCACGCCCUGCCCUGAAAACAGUUUCCAGAGCCAUGAAGGAGCAACGUCAUGCACGAAAUGUCCAGAGGGGUCGCGAACGCCGAGGGUUCUGGAAAUGUUCACGGAUGCAAUCGGUCCUGUGAGAUGUAUCACGGAUGAAUUCGCAUGUGCUCCUGGAGAAAUACGAGAUGAGGAAGGCAAAUGUAUUGCCAUUCGAUGUCUGGCGAAUAACACGGUCCUGGAAAGAGGGAGAUGCAUUGGAAACUGCCCCAUUGGCACACGGGUGCUGGGAAGGCGAUGCCGUAGGUGCGAGGGGACAAGCCCCGGCGGGCUCUCUCGAAGGUGCACCCGCUGCCCUGACCAACAAAGACCAAAUAGGCGUGGGGACACGUGCGUGUGUAAAAGAGAAUUAAGGAUGGUAAAUGGGCAGUGCGUCCCAUGCCCGUUCGGAACCUUCUACUUUGAGACAUUGGACUUCGUCGGAACAUGCAUAAUGUGUGCAAAUGGAACUGCGGGGCCUCGUAUUUUCAUUUCCGAAUGCGAGCCGUGCAGGAGGUCGUUUUUCACAAGAGAAAAGGGUGCGAGGAGAUGUGAACAGUGUCCAAGAGGAAUGACAACAUUUCCUGACGUUCUAGGAAAACUCCAAAAUGAAUGCCGGCCGAAUAGUCGGAUUGCAUAA